AAAGUCUCGCGUGAUGAUCAUCCGUAUCGAGAGGUUGUUGUGAGGAAAAGUGGAAAACCGAAUGAUUGAUGCACAUGUAAAACGGCAAGUUAGCUAUGUUUCCGUCACAGCUCGCCAGUAUUCGUAGGAUAACCAACAAAAACCGCAAGUCUUUGGAUUGCACCGUACAUUCUGGACAUUUGUGUGUGGAAUAAAUGGACUGAAGGGGGCUAGUGAUACGGUUAAUUAUUUGCUAGCUAAUUCGGCUAGCCAUGCUAACGCUAGCUCGUUAGCUUUGUUUACAUCAAAUGCGCGCCGGGCGUAUUCUGCUCGACAAUUCUGCUCGAUUUGAGUCCCUAUGUUGCAUUAGGGAUAUGCAAUAUUACAACAUAUGAUGCAGUUGGAUGUUAUUGAUGUACAUUUGAAGUGUAUUAUGAAAGACUUCGUUUUAAAGCUACGACUUCAAACUGGCUAACAGUAGCUAGCCACCUGCCGAGCUAACCAACGUUGUUCGCGUUAUUGAUACCGUUUCACCAUGUUUGCUGGCUCUUAUUGUGUCAGUAAUUCUAUAUCACUCUGCACUGACACACUGCAGUGAUACGUUUUUGCUCCGUCAAGCUGUUUUUAUUUCUACCGAGCCUCCGGAACUCGAGUGUCUCCUACUUUGUUGCUGCUAGCGGCUGGAUAUCCCCCCCCAGGACUGUGUUUUCCUUGAAGCUGGGGGAGUACACAGCUAUGAAUCCCGGGAAUGCAACCGCUUUGUAUGUGUCUGCCAGCCGGGCAGUGCUGCAAUGCGAUCCGCGGGAACCUCACACUUUUGCCGAGAUGUACAGGCAACUACCCUUCUUCCGACAGUCCCUCGCAUGUCUUGUUUGUGGCAAGUUACUUCAGGAUCCUAUUUCCCCGAAACACACUGAGUGUCAACACUACGUCUGCUUGGGCUGUAAAGGUCAAAAGAUGCAGAUCAGGCCAGCGUGCAGCCGCUGUAAGGACUAUUCCUGCUUCCAGGAGAACAAACAGCUCUCUAUCCUCGUGCAGUGUUACAGGAAGCUCUGUCUCUAUGUUACUCAGUCACCAUUGCUCCAGUCAAUCAGCAGCCACGGGUCUCCAGAAGUUAUGGCUUUGCUCCAAGAGGUGCUGUUGUCCCACCAGGAGGAGGCGAUGGACACUGACAACUUGAGCUUGACUCAUGAGGAUGUGCAUGUGUCUCCUCAUGAAUCCCUUACCCCCACAGAGGCACCUCCUGCUCCUGCAGAGCUCUCAGCUGUUCCUCAGAGCUCCUCCUCAGAUCCACCGUGUUUUAAUGGACCCCAGGAAUGCAACGGAGAUGCGCUGGAGGAUCUUGAACCUUCUUCCCCUGAGCUGGAAGUAUGUGAACUUAUAGAAGAGCAGCAGCAGCAUUCUAGCUUGGCUAUGUCGGAUUCUGCUUGUGGUGGUUUAGAACUGAGUCUGACCACCGGGCCUUUAACCCCAACAAUAGGCACCGUGUGCUCACUCAGGGAGGGGGACUCUUGCAACAGGGAUCUGGACGAGGGAGAGGUGUUGCUCCUCAGUGUUGAGGAGGUGUUACAGACAUUGGAUCACCUUCAGCCAGGUCGAGACUGUCUUCAAUCACAGCCUGAAAGGACACACACCCACUCACACAUAGCCACAAACAGAGCCCACACUCAAAUGUUCCUACAGCUGGAUGCAGCACACAACUACACACAAAUUCAAACUGGGAGGACUAACACAGUGGCAAGCCACGGUUCUUAUUCACAAACAUCUUCCUUCGAGCCUUCAACUGUCUAUAACCCACCACCAGUCCGCCUUAACCGGAAGCGUUCCCGUUCGGAGAGUGACAGGGAAAAAGUAAACCCCCUUGCUAUUGACUCCAUCCUGCAGGGCUCCUCAGUGCAUUCACACACUCCAGCUCCCUCUCACACACUUCACACAAAACCACCCACACUAACUGUACCAGCCCACACAUACUCGUCACUUCCAAAUGGCGCACCUCCCAAGCCCUGUCGUCCUGCUCAGAACCACAAUAAAGGUGCCAGAAAGCAUGUGGAUCAGAGUCCUAAGAAACCCCACGCCAAGGCACGCAGCGGUGGAGGCUCCAAGGCAAAGGACCGAAGCAAAGACCAGCAGCAAAUUCCAGGCUGCCUGUUAGCUACAGCACCUGGCAGACCUCCAUAUAAGAAGCCGGUGGAAAAGAAGGGCUGUAAAUGUGGCAGGGCGACUCAGAACCCAUCGGUUCUGACCUGCAGGGGGCAGCGCUGUCCUUGUUACUCCAAUCGCAAGGCAUGCUUGGAUUGCAUCUGUCGAGGUUGCCAGAACUCCUACAUGGCUAACGGUGAGAAGAAGCUGGAGGCCUUUGCCGUACCUGAGAAGGCCUUAGAACAGACACGACUCACUCUUGGCAUCAACUUGACCAGCAUCACAGCAGCUGCAGCGCUCCGCAGCCCGGCAUCGACCAGCAUCCGCACCAAGACCCUCCUCAAUGUUGCCACAGCAACGGGAACUCCCGUGACCACCGCCUUCCUGUCCCCCAGCCCUCCACAAGAUCCCAACUAUGACGACAGCCUGGAGCUGCUGAUUGGAUGAGCCACCAGGACUCCAAAAAUAGACAGCUGGCUGCUGAUUGAAUGUGACUGCUGAUCACUGUGUCUGUCAGAUGACUUGUACCUCCCCUUCUUAGGGGAGGCAGUGUAUGGCAGCUAUGGGUCAGGCCUGUUCUGUAACCUGCUCUUCUUUGUUGGAAAUGCUGAGUAGUGAGACUAGCAUGGGUGUGCCAAAGCCUCCUGUAUUGUGCCUGUAUGCUGGUGUGUUGUGUUGCCAGUCUGUAGUUACUAAUACUGUGUUUCUAUACUUGAGAGGUGCUUUUUGUGUUCAUAGAUGACAGACAUACUGUAAGAGGCAAUAGGAACCCCCAAAAGGUUUUGUUCAUGCACAAACACAUUCAAGUAUGCCUGUGUGGAUCUUCUUUUUUGGUGCGUAAUUGUUGCAUCUGCAGCUUUGUCAUUUCAUGGUUGCAACAUUUUCCGAAUGUGAGUAUUACUCCCACUUGUGAGAAAUGCAUUAAUGGUAUCAGGACAGCCCUUACUAAUCCCUCACCCUGUACAUGUUCACACUUGUGAUUGUGAGUGGUUCUCACAAGACUGUAUGCCUUUUUUGUCAUCUUUUUAUACUUUUCGUCUUGAACUUGACUGAUGCAGGCGUCGUUCUUGCAGAAAAUUAUUGUCAAAGCACUUCCCUGGCUCUGCGUUUGAGUGUGUGAGACUUAAUAUCUGUGGGGAGGCUUAUGGUAAGUUAGUCUGAUUGAUACGUUGAAUUACACUUAAACUCCUCUUGGUUUCCAUAGCAAUAGCAUCAACAUGAGCUCCCCAGCUGUCGUGCUCGGUUGUUUACAUUUUUCCCAUCAUCGGUCUUAAAAAUACACUUAUGCUUUGAUAAGAUUUUACAUGAUUGUAAAAAUAAACUGAAGCCAUACUUUCUCACAAACAACAUAAUACUAUGACCUUUAACCACCACAUGUACACACGCAUGUUUAUGGGCCCAGUUGAUCAGAGACUUAUUUGAAGGUUACUUUAGAUCUGUUAUCAGGUUUCUGUGUUUUUCACAAUCACAUCAAAGCCCUCCAAUGAUUCCCAAGGCUGUGUGUCGUCUGUUAUUGUUUACCGUCUUGGCUGUUGUUUAGACCAGUAUUGGUGACCAAAAAGAGCACGGACUUGGGUUGACCACACAAACACCUUGGCGCUCCGCUCAAACCAGGAAAAUAGCAGGUGAACUAGAACACAUUUAAUUAUGACUUCUCUUCCUGUGUGUGUGUAUGUAUGUAUGCUUAAAAAAGUGUAUAUUUUGUUUGGGCAUUACUUGAACCCUGAUUUUUGAUCUUUUCUAAUGUAAAAAUGUUUUGUUUGAGGAGUGACGGUUAUCGCUGAAACAUUCACUGCCAUAUUAUGAAGACAUGUAAUACAACAUGAAAUAAAAGAGUUUUUUACUUUUUCA